AUGGGGAUUGCCCAAGAGGGCGCACGGAACGAGCCUGCCGAGCCGAGACGGAGAUGCUAUGUCGAUGCUGGAUUCAUGCCAGCUACAGGAAGGGCUACGGUUGGCGCGGUUUUGUUCGACGAGGAAGGGGGAUAUGUAUCGGCAUUCAGUGCACCCUUGUCAGAUUGUCUGUCCCCGCUUAUGGCUGAAGCAAUAGCAUGUAAGGAAGCCUUGUCUUGGUUAUGGAAUCGUGGAGAGCGCUCAGUACACAUACUCACGGAUUGUUUGACCCUGCAACAGUAUUUGACAAAUCAAGCUCUCACUGUUCGGACUUACGUUGGCUAUGCCAUUGAUGCUUGUAGAGCAUGCAUUAUUUCUUUUGAUUAUUGUUCAGUUAAUUUUAUUCCUAGAUCAGAGAACUAUUUAGCACAUGCACAUAGUCUAGCGGCUACUGCAUUUAAUUCUUCUACGAUUAUGUAUUCGGACGAUGUCCCUCCAGACUCUAUUUCUGAGUACCUUUAA